AUGGCAAGCAACUCGCGCGUCCGUGUCUUGAGCCGGAGCACCGUGAAGGCGUUAGGCUCCUCCGCCACACCCGCACCACCGCGCGUCCUCGCAGUCUCCAACCUCGACCUGCUACCCCAGAACAUCCCCGUCUCGCUCUUCUGCGCCUACCGGAGGCCCUCCUCCGGCGCCGGCUUCCGCGACGUCGUCGCGGCCUUCGAGGCGAAGCUGCCGUCCCUGCUCGACCACUUCCUCCCCCUGACCGGUCGCAUCGUCGUCGACCCGCGGUCCGGGCGCCCGGAGAUGCUGCACUGCGACAACCAGGGCGCCGAGCUCGUCCUCGCCGAGUCCGGCGUGGCCCUGGCGAGCCUGGACUACGGCCACCUUGGCGCGUCGCUGGCGGAGGUCGGCGUCCCCGUCAAGUACGACGCUGGCGUCGCGCUCUCGGUGCAGCUGGUGUCGUUCGCCUGCGGUGGGUUCGCCAUAGCGUGGGCCAGCAACCACGUGCUCAUGGACGGCUACUCGCUGUGCAUUAUCGCCACCGCGUGGUCAGAGCUUGCGCGAACCGGGGCGGUCGUCUCCGUCGCCCCGAACCACGACCGCUCCGUGUUCCGCCCACGCGCUACGCCGUCCUACGGCCCCUCCUUCGGCGAGCAGUUCACGCCGCUGGACGGUGCGCACCUCGUCAACGCCCUGACCACCCAGUGCUCCUUCGUCGAGCGCACGUACUACGUCGAGGCGCGGGACCUCGAGACGCUGCGCUCUCAGGCGAGCCAGGACGGUGUGGUGGCCACCCGCCUCGAGGCGCUGUCCGCGUACCUGUGGAAGGCCUUCGCCGCCGUCGUGGGCGCGUCCGACGAGAGCUGCCGCAUGGGCUGGUGGGUGAACGGGCGCCGCCGUCUCUCCGCGCCGAGGUACAGAGCGGCGAUGCGGGACUACGUCGGCAACGUCACCACGUUCGCGGUGGCUGAGGCGGGCGUGGAGGACACCCGCCGGCGGUCGCUCCAAGACAUCGCGUCGACGGUGCGCGAGACGAUCAGGUCCACGGCCACGGACGAGCACUUCCAGCAGCUGGUGGACUGGGUGGAGGAGCACAGGGCUACGAAGUACAUCGAGACGGCCACCGUCGGGCUGGGUAGCCCGGCGCUGAGCGUGACGUCGUUCGCGACGUUCAGUUUGGACACCGACUUCGGCUUCGGUCGCGCCGCGCUGACGAUGCCCACAGGGGAGGACUGCGGGAGGCUGUGCAGUGGCUUCGUGCAGAUCAUCGCGCGCCCGGGAGAUGACGGCUGGCUUGUCGCCAUGUACGUCUGGCCGAGGCUCGCCGGCGCGCUUGAUUCCGACGACAGGCGCAUCUUCAAGCCUCUGACCGCUGACUACCUCGGCCUCUGUCAGUAUAGCCGUCUCUGA